GAUUUUUUGUGUAUCCAUUAAUUCAUGCGUAGGUGUUUUAGGUGAUCAGUACGGUAUAUCUACCUCAUCCAUUUAUUCUGAAUAUGAUUUACACGUGUGGAUUGAUUCAUUAAGAGAGGAUUUAUUCUUUGGUAUCUUAGGAUCUUUGAAUUGGAUUGUAAGUCAAGGUUAUGAUAUAGUCGUAUUUGAUCGAAAUAUAGAAAAUAAAGAAAAGAAAGUUGAUAUGGAACUAGGUGCUUCUGCAAUGGAUGUUAUCUGGACUAGGGAUCCUAGUAUAUUUGUUUUAGUUUCUGGGGAUGGUGAUUAUUUUCCUGUAGUAAAAUGGGCUCUACAUCAUAAUUGGAAGGUUGAAACAUGGUUUUGGCGAUCAGGAGUAUCCGGUGAUUUCACAGAAUGUUUCUCCUCAUUCUAUUCUUUGGAUAAUUACUAUAAAUACUUUACAUAUGCAUAUGGACAAGACCCCGUUGGGAAAAAUCAUAUCCUUGAAAUAACUGAUGGUGAAAUGGUUGGAAAUUGGAAGGGUGAAGAAGUAAUAGAUUGUUUUUUUUCAUUACAAUUAUUUGGGUGGUGA